UAUCAAACUUUUAUUUUCCUUCUCUUUAUAUACUAUCUGUAGGCUAUACACACAAAGUAUACAUGGAUCCUUCCAUCAAAGGAGAUCAAGAAAUGUUAAAAAUCAAGAAACGAUGUUAUCAAGAUCUUGAGUUAGGUUUGACCCUUUUGCCACGUGGUACGACUUCAUCAGAACUCAAUCUCAUCGAUUCUUUCAAAACCAACUCAUCAUCGACUUCUCAUCAUCAUCCUAACCGUCACGAACAUUUGGAAGAUCCAAGAACGUUCUCGUGCAAUUAUUGUCAAAGAAAGUUCUAUAGCUCACAAGCACUAGGCGGCCACCAAAACGCUCAUAAACGCGAACGUACCUUAGCCAAACGCGGACACUACUACAAGAUGAGUCUCUCCUCCUCCUCCUCUCCUUCUUCAGCGUUUGCGUUUGGCCACGGUUCAGUCAGCAGAUUCGCGAGCAUGGCAUCGUUACCGUUACAUGGCUCGCCGAGUAACAGAUCAACGCUAGGGAUUCAUGCUCAUUCAACGAUCCAUAAUCCUUAUCUAGGAAGACAAACAGCGAGUUUAAGCCAUGUUUUCAAACAGAGCGUUCACCAGAAACCAGACAUGGGAAAGGUGAUGCCGGAGAAAUUUCACAUUGAAGUCGCCAACAGUAACAUUGAAUAUUUCAAGAGCAAGCAAGAAGAUCAUAAUCAGUUUAACAAGAUUGACUUGACCCUUAAGCUAUGAUCUAUUAAUUGUCAUCUUGUUUUAGUCUUUAUUAUAACUUUUCGGUUUUUUUACUAUCUUUUGAUUAUUACCUUUGUUUGAUAUAAUGAAUGACUGCAGGAUGUGGUAGAGUUUCAUCAA